CUCUCUCUCUCUCUCUCUCGUGCUAAAUGACAAGAACAGAGGCGGUGAGUUUUCUCGUUCUCGGUGAAACAGGAGUAGGCAUCAUCUUCGUACAAUAUUCUCAAAACCCUACACAUAAAUCAGUGGAGAACCCGUCCUUCGCUGCACUCCCCCAACGCGCCUCCAUCAAAACCCAGGCCCUUCCCGCAGCCGCUCCAUGGCCGCCGCCCUCUCAUUCCCCCUCACCGUCCGCAGCCCACUCGUUGAUGGAAACCACUGCGCGCACCCACUUGGCAUGUAUAAGACCAGAGGCUUACACGACCAACAGUGGUGUUGACUCGUGCAGAGGCUCCUGCAACACCUGCGACAGAGGCCUGCAGAAAUGCCUCUUCUUGUCUGAAACUGCCGGCCGGGAGAUGUUUUUUCCGAUCCCGACGACAAUACCCACUGACUCGAUCCUCGAAGAAUCCGCUUCGGCCCGGACCUCUUCCGAGUGAGGUGGCAGCGUGGGGUUUGGUGCAGAAGCCUAGCCCGCACUGCAACAACAGGAAGAAACGCGCGUUCCGCUUGACAGAGCCGCUCUCCGGCCCGGAUCGGUGUGCUCGCCGGUGACGGUGGCGGCGGCCAUGGGAAACCGGCGGAAGGUGGGGAUAUUCUUGGGGUUUCGUUGUUUUUUACAAACCUCCCAAUUCUAUCUCUCUUCUCCCUCCUAUAUCAAAGCAUCGAGAGUUCAUCAAUUCAAAUUGCUAAAUUGUUUACUUUCUUCAUUACAGAGUUAGAAAGAGUGGCACGGCAAGGGGAGGCCUGCUUUAUUGCUUUAAUUGUCUGCCCUGUUUUCCGGAAAUAUAAAAUAUACUGGCUUGUUGCUUGAAAUUGGAAGGUCUAUAUGUGAUCAAAUUUUCAAAGUUCUUGCUCAAUUCUGUCAAUAAAAUGUAUAGGUUUUUUU